UUUGGCCAGUGUGUCCUUAACCUCAAAAAAUCAUUGUUGUCUGUUACCUCGAACAGUGGGACGGCGAAAUUGACACAAAUCGAUUCAAAUUAUGGCCACGGAUCAGGUGGCGAAUCCUUCCUCGCAAAAGUCCCACAUUUGCACAGUUUCCGGAUGCGGUGCGUCUUUCACCAGGCCCGGAAAACUCGCCACUCACAUGCGAACACACACCGGGGAGAGACCGUUCAGAUGUGACCUUGAAGGUUGUUUGAAAAGCUAUACAAACUCGCAUCACUUAAAGAGGCACCGAUCUAUUAGUCACGAUAAGGUCGUCUCGACGCAAAUUAUGUGUACCUUUGAAGGCUGCGGCAUGGUAUUUUACCAUAAAUACAAUUUAAAGCGCCACUUAAACAGAAGCCACAACCCAGACUCGAAGCCUUUCAAGUGUAAAGACUGCGACGAAUCGUUCAAGAAGAAGUUCCGCUUGCAACAACACAGGUGUUCUCAUGGCAGCCCCGCUCCCUUCGAGUGCCAUCUAUGUCCUCUUUCAUAUACGGACUAUCACAAGUUUCAUAAGCACUUGCGGAAUCAUAAGACUUAUAAUUGCGACUGUGGUAAAAGCUUUAGUAGGUGGUCCGAAAUUUGUUCCCACCGACGAAAGGAAUGCACAGUUAAAAAGGUAAACAAGUGCAUAAUUUGCGGUAAGAUUUUUUCAACCAAAGCGAAUCUGUCUCAACACGCCUUGGUUCACAUUGAAGAGAGCAAGAGGGAGAUUCAUAAAUGUCCCUACCUGGACUGCGCGAGGAGUUAUCAGAGGAGAAAUAAUUUGAACUACCAUAUUGCGCGUUUCCAUCAGAAGAUGUCUGACAAAGUUCAAUGUGGCGAGUCCAACUGCGGAGAAACGUUUAAGUCCAAGAAAAACCUUAAACAGCACAUCCGGAUCGUACAUCACGGGCUGCCCGAGAAGAAACGUAAACCGAGGAAGCCCCGAAAAGACAAAGGAAAGUCGAGAAAGUGCAUUUAUUCCAUUAUGUCGGGCAUAGAAAACACCGCUCGAUUAAAGAUGCUCGAUACCGCAGAAAUCGACGCCGUGGAAAAAAUUUCUCCUGCCUGAAUUAAAUUCUUUCAAAAUAAAGGUUUCGGU